AUGGUGGUGAACGAAGAUCACCAGGAGCUGCUGCCGUUCGUGCGAGGCGUCCAAGACGGUGCCUGCGUGCCCGCAGCCGAGGACGUUCCCAGUGUUACGUCAUCUCAGCGGCGCGAUGACGAGGAGCGUGUCGUGUUCCUCGUGGUGCCAGGCCUCGCGGAAGAUGACCAAGACGCCGCCGAAAAGAUCGAAAAGGCGCUUCUACGUAGCUCCUUGGGCGUGCGCAAUGUGCAGCUGGAUCUUCUAGAGAAGCUGGCGAGGAUCGAGCUGUUUUACCGCGCCGACGAGGCGAUGGAGGCGGCUCUGGCUGACGAGGUGCGACGCGCUACACCCGAGCAACUCGUGGCGUAUCCAGUGUGGCAGCAUCGUGAGCGCAUCGUGCGCCUCCGCGUGGACGGCAUGCGCUGCAUGACCAACUGUGGUCGGCAAGUGAUCCGCGCGCUAGAGCAGAUUCCAGGCGUGCUUCACAUCCACGUGGACUCCAAGUCCAAGACGGCCGAGGUGGCACUAGCUAAAGGCUGCACAGCGACAGAGGUGGAUCUUAUUAAGUACAUUCGCGCGGCCAACCCGCGCUUCAACGCAUCCAUCGCUAAAGAGAAGAAAGAGCGCGCAGGUUCCGUACCUGGUGCGAUCUUGUUGAACAUCACAGGCAUGAGCUGUGCCAAGAACUGCGCUACAAAAGUUCAGGCUGCCUUGCAAAGUGCGGAAGGAGUAAUUGACGCGAUAGUCGACUUCGGCAAUAAGCGCGCGACGAUCAUCCUCGAGUCGGAGAGCUUAGUGACAAAGCAAGAUCUGAUUCAGGUGGUGCGCAGUGCUGGCACAAAGUUCGAUGCGUCGCGUUACGAGCUUUUCAACAACGACGGCGACUCGCGCGUCGUAUAUCUAACGAUCGAUGGCAUGAGCUGCGCAAAGAACUGCGCAAGAAAGGUGCAAGAUGCACUUAACAACGCCGAGGGGGUUAUUAACGCCAAGGUGGACUUUGACACGAAGCGUGCGACCAUUUUCUUGGAGACGGGUAGUCACCUGACGGAAUCCGACCUGAUUGAAGUUGUCCAUUCCGCCGGUCAAAAGUUCACUGCUUCAGUAGCGAAACCAACCAGUGGACCGCGUACAAUUCGCCUUAAAAUUGACGGUAUGAGCUGUGCGAAGAACUGCGCAACGAAGAUCGAGCGGGCUUUGAAUGCUGUUGCGAGUGUAGAAAGCGCCACAGUGGAUUUCCCGCUUAAACGCGCUACAGUUCAGCUAGAAUCGGGCAGCUCCCUCUCGGAGAACGACCUCAUCGAAGUUGUACGCAGUGCUGGCACGAAGUUUGAUGCUGCAGUGUAUGUGCCGUCGUUCAGCCCGCGUACUCUGCAAGCCAAGUCGGAAGUGGCUUCGACUGCUGCGUCGGACGAUGUUGCGAUUUCUAUCGCCUCCGACAAGAGUGAGUUUGGCGAGGCAACACUUUUGGUUGGCGGGAUGACGUGUACCUCGUGCUCCAACUCGGUUGAAAACGCACUGAAACAAACGGAGGGUGUCGUGUCUGCUCUUGUCAGCUUUGCGACGGAGAAGGCGACAGUUCGCUUUGAUAAGGACAUUGUUGGAAUCCGGACGCUUGUUGAAACAAUCGAGGAUAUCGGAUAUGACGCUUCAUACGUGUCCAAGUCAGAGGCGCAGAAAGCGCUGGGAGAUCAACGCGCAAAGGAGAUCACGAGGUAUCGCGUUGACUUUUUCGUCUCCAUGCUGUUCACAUUCCCGAUUGUCCUAAUCAUGAUGCUGUUCGACAAUAUUGCACCUAUUGAACGCGGUUUGGCUUCCGAAAUUCUUCCCGGGAUCUCGUGGCAGACGUUGAUUGUGGCAGUUCUAGCCACCCCGGUCCAGUUUUACCCUGCGCGUCGAUUCCAUGUUGACGCUUGGAAAGGAAUGAGGAACCGCAUGUUAGGCAUGUCAUUCCUGGUGUCGAUGGGCUCCAAUGCCUCGUACUUCUACGGUCUGUUCAGUCUCAUUCGUGCGGUUUUAUUGAGCGAUGCAAGUGUCGCCAACCCGGAUAUGUUUAUGACGUCGUCGAUGCUCAUUUCUUUCGUUAUCCUGGGCAAGUUCUUGGAGGCAAUCGCUAAAGGCAAAACCUCGGCAGCACUGAGCAAGUUGAUGGAGCUGCAAGUCAAAUCUGCCACGUUGUUAGUUUUUAGCGCUGACGGAACGAGAAUCCGUGAAGAGCGCAUUGUUCCGAUUGAACUGGUGCAACGUGGAGACAUUCUCAAAGUCGUCCGCGGAUCGUCCAUUCCAGCCGACGGAGUCGUCGUGUACGGCGAAGGUCGGAUUGACGAGUCGAUGUUGACGGGUGAGUCCAAAACAAUCAAGAAAGUCGUCAACGAUCGUGUGCUAGGGGCAACCGUGAAUGUGGACGGAUUGUUCCAUAUGAAGGUUACCGGUGUGGACAACGACACUGCAUUGAGUCAGAUUAUUCGUCUCGUGGAGGACGCGCAGACCUCAAAGGCGCCAAUCCAAGCAUACGCAGACUACGUCGCGUCCAUUUUCGUCCCUACCGUACUGGGGCUUUCUUUCGUGACAUUCUCGGCUUGGUAUCUCCUCUGUGUUUUUGAGGUUGUCCCGGAAAGCUGGAUUCCUCACACAGACAGCACGUUUGUGUUCGCGUUCAACUUUGGUAUUGCUACACUCGUUGUGGCUUGUCCGUGCGCGUUGGGGUUGGCAACACCCACGGCUGUCAUGGUUGGAACGGGUGUCGGGGCUGAGCACGGUGUGUUGAUCAAGGGCGGUGAGCCACUACAGGCUGCGCACAACGUCAACACGAUCUUGUUCGACAAGACGGGAACUCUGACAGUGGGGAAGCCUGUGGUGACAGAUGUGGUGGUGCUCACGAAGAAGCUCAGCACUGAGGAGCUCAUUAUUCUCGCUGGGUCGGCUGAACUUGGCAGCGAACAUCCUCUCAGUAAAGCGAUCAUCGAGUACGCCAAGUUUAUCUCGUCUUAUCUCGAACAACCCACAGGUUUCCGUGGAGUUUCAGGACGAGGCAUUGCGUGUACAGUUGGUGAGCACAAGGUCGUCAUUGGCAACAGAGAGUGGAUGGCCGAUAACGGAAUGAAGCGUUUGUCAAGUAUUGUGCUGCAGCAGGCCACAAUGACGUUCCAGAAUGCUGGAAAGACUACCAUUUACAUGGGCGUCGACGAUGAACUUAGCGCUGUCUUUGCUGAAGCAGAUGGGUCUGGAAGUCUGGAUGGUCACUGGUGA